CCGUAGUCAGUCGGUCGGAGCACUGUCAUCCGUAUUUUUCAAGAAACGUUCAUCAUCGUUCGCUCCUCUCCGUUUUACCAUUUCAUUCUGCAAUCGACUGACGAGUCGAAAUUAUUCUCCAUAAAUUAGUUCAACAAAAUCGUCAAGACGCAGCUCAAAAUGUCACUGGGCAAUCACGUUGCCCUUACACCCUUGGAGGAUAUGUCAGCUGACCGGGGACAAGGGGGUGGAGGGCCACCCCCACAUUGUCAGAAAGUUUAUAUACAACGUGACUAUAGCGAAGGUACCAUGGUAAAAUUCCAUACACAGUUCCCCAUGGAACUAGAGAGUAGGUUGGACAGACAGUCGUUCGAGUACACAGUCACUCAGUUGAACAACUACUUUGCCGAAGCAGAAAGAGCCACAUGUUCGACGUACUGCGAGAGCUGCCUGGCUUGUCUCACCGGUUACCUAAUUUAUAUAUGCACAGAGACUCAGUACGAAAAGUGUUUGCGUAAGGUGGCAAAGUUCGUCAGUGAACAAAACGACAGAGUAUACAAGCCCCGCGGGCUCCUGCUAACGGACCCCACCUUACGUGGGCUUAGGUUAAUAGAAAUUUCAGUACUGGACCGACCUGCGUCGUGACUGCACAU